AUGCAGAUGAUGAAAAUGAUGGUUCAAGAAUCUGAAAUAUCAAGAACAUAUAGCAACAAGCAAAAUUUACUUCUGGUCGGAGAAGGAGACUUUUCGUUUUCUUUGUCUCUAGCCAAAGCCUUUGGUUCUGACACCAGCAUCACUGCGACAUCUCUUGAUACAAGAGAUGAGUUAGGACGUCAGUACAAUAAUGGAAAAGCGAACGUUGAAGAGCUGGAGAAACUUGGGUGCACUGUGGUCAAGGGUGUUAACGUACACUCUAUGACGUUAGACGAUCGCUUAGGUCGAUACGACAUAAUCGUCUUUAAUUAUCCUCAUGCAGGGAAACACAAAGAUUUGGUGAGAGGGUUUAUGGAGAAUGCGAGAGAGAUGGUGCAAGAAGAAGGUGGAGAAAUUCAUGUCACUCAUAAGACAAUUUACCCAUUCAACAAGUGGGAGACGAAGACAUUUGCUGAAGAAAAUGGUUUGAGUUUAAUCAAUCAGAUGCAACUUAACAAAUGGGCAUUUCCGGGUUACGUCUCCAACAAGAGAGGAAGUGGAAGUAACUUUGAAUCUAGCUUUUCUUUUGGAUCAGUUGUUACCUUCAUGUUUAAGAACUAG